UACAGUGCAGUAGGUUCGUCGCACUGGUUCGUCAGAGGAAGUGACGGGAACGGGAUAGUAAACUCAAAUGAGGACUUCCAAUUUUUCAUGAAGGCUGCCACAAUAUAAGUCUGGUUAAAGUCGUCUGAACGAAGAGCGCAAAUGUUACAGUAGCCUUGUAUUCACAGACGUCAGAAACGCUACAAUGUAUCAGAAUAUAGAACGUACUCGGGCGACACAACGAUCAAUGCGGGAUGGUAGCCCACCAACAUUUGCAGAGAUUUCACAAUACUGAAUUAAAUAUGUGGAUCAUAGAUUGAACUUCAUGCAGACUUUUCGGGACUUUUCGUUGAUUUGGAAAUAUUUGCGACCGAUUUCAAUAUUAUUUACGAGGGUAGUAGACAGAUUUUUAAUAGUUAUUAAAGUUCUUCAAUGAGUUUCAGCAUGUAUACAAGGGAGAUAUCGCCACCAGUUCGGAUUUCUCUGCUAGUGGUAACUCUUGUAUCGCUUGGGAUUUGUUCAGAACUAAAAGUACGAGUGCGUUUAAGUGAUGGACUAAUUGGGGAGGAGAUUUUGGACGCCAACAGUGAGAAUGAUGACAUUACAGUCGAGUUCAAGCAAGGAGAUGGUACUCAUAUUACUGCGGUAUUUGAUUUCAAACGGGAUGUGAGGAUCGUCCGAGCUCUGAUCCUGGGGGAGCCAGAGCGAGGCCAGAACCAAUACCAGGUGCUGUGCUUUGUCUCGCGCCUCGAUCACCACGAGAUCAUCCCCACUGAGUCCAUGGCUCGCCUCAGACAGCUGUUCUGUGAUGGGAUUCUACAGAAGAACCCCCACUUGGUCCGCACGGCAGAGGAGAAGCGUGGGGAGGAACACCUCCACAUGGACAUGGCGGUGAACGUGAGUCAUGCAGGGCACCUCAACACACUCAUCCACAACGUGUGUAAGGAGGCCCACGAGGGGUUUUAUACCCGGGCAGCUGACACCAAGCAUUGGCUGGAUAAAGGAAUAGAGGCCAUUGAGUUUGAGCCCCUGCCCCAGACAGUGGACGUCUCUGGUCUGCAGCGAUGCCCCUCCACUCUGGACCUGUGGCAGCCAUGCUUCUGCAGCUAUCACCUACGUCUGGAGUGGCUCCCCUGCCUGCUCAAAUACUGUCGCAGCCGCCGGGGCGCGGCUGGAAGGGCCAACCCGUACAAGUGUGGCAUCAGGAGCUGCAGCAAGGGCUACCGCUUUGACUACUACGUCCCCCAUAAACAGCUCUGCCCAUGGGACGAGGAGACCUAAAGCAGCUGCUUUUGCCCUUAGUUCUUUCCUAGAAGGCAUUUAGCCUACCGUGCACAUCUGGACUGAGCAUGGCAGGGGCUUGGCAAGAGGCCUUGAAGUGAAGGAACAGACCUGCCUAGUGCCUACAUAGACACAGAGUAUACCAAACAUUAGGAACACCUUCUGAAUAUUGAGUUUUUCCCUCCGAAAAGCCUCAAUUCAUCAGGGCAUAGACUCCGCAAGGUGCCGGAAGCAUCCCACAGGGAUGCUGGCCCAUGUUGACUCCAAUGCUUCCCACGGUUGUGUCAAGUUGGCUGGAUGUCUUUUGGGUGGUGGACCAUUCCUGAUACACACAGGAAGCUGUUGAGCGUGAAAAACCCAGCAGCAUUGCAGUUCUUGACACAAACCGGUGUGCCUGGCACCUACUACCAUACCCUGUUCAAAGGCACUUAAAUCUUGUGUUUUGCCCAUUCACCCUCUGAAUGGCACACAUACACAAUUCAUGUCUCAAUUGUCUCAAGGCUUAAAAAUCCUUAUUUAACCUGUCUCCUCCCCUUCAUCUACACUGAUUGAAGUGGAUUUAACAUCAAAAAGGGAUCAUAGCUUUCACCUGGAUUCACCUGGGCAGUCUAUGUCAUGGAAAGAGCAGGUGUUCUUAAUGUUUUGUACACUUAGUGUAAGUCUAACUUAUUUUCAGACAGAAGAUUGUCACUGACUUACCACCAAGGUAUUUGGAUUCAACCAGACAGUAGCAUAUCUAUUGUAACCAUAUGUUUUGAAUGUUGGAUGUUUCCUACAGUGGUGUGUCGAGUGUUGUCCAUAUAUAAUAAUUAUUUUUCUAAGCAUGCAAGUGUCUGUAUUAGGGCAGCUAGACAGGAGACUAAUGGGGGAAAAUCGACACUAUGAAAAUUGUAAUAUCGCCCAACCUAGAAGGAAUUGCCCAUGCUACUAUGGAUCAAAAUCAAAUCAAGUUUAUUUUAUAUAGCCCUUCGUACAUCAGCUAAUAUCUCGAAGUGCUGUACAGAAACCCAGCCUAAAACCCCAAACAGCAUGCAAUGCAGGUGUAGAAGCACGUUUAUUUCAUUAAGUAAAUAAAAACGACAUCAGUUAAGUGAUUCAUUCACUACCAUGGAUGAAUGUUUUGAUUUGAUGCCAUCAGUCAAAGUGCUGUUCAGUGCUCCCUUGGGGUAAAACUGGAUGGUGGAGCUGCUCAGAGAAAACAUUCAUCCAUGGUAGUGAAUGAAUCACUUAACUGAUGUCGUUUUUAUUUACUUAAUGCAAAAUAAAGCCAUUUAUUGACAUUCUGUUAAAAGAACUAGGACAUUGAAACAGUACAGUCUGUAACCAAUAUCAGCACUCUUACCUUGAACUAUAGGGACCAAUUUUUGGCUCGCUGGAAGGGUUUUGUCAUUGCUGUCAAAUGCAUCAGCAUGUAGCAUCAUAUGCAGAAACGGACUUAAGUCGUGUUUAUACUUAUGGUAUACGGAAUAAAGUGAUUAACUGUGA